AUGGCUUCUAAAGACAUCAUUGAAGGUGGCCAGAAUGUGCUCACCUGCAGCGUUUGUCAGAACCAGCUCACAGACCCUGUGGUUGCCAAUUGUGGACACUGUUUUUGCCAAUCUUGUCUCAGCGAAGCUUCCAUGCCCCUCUCCUGCCACAGGUGCAUGGAAAUCUCCCAGUCAACUUUUCAUGCCAUUUUAAGGAGAAGGGGAAAACUCCCGAAGAAAAGGAAACCUUCUGUUACCCCCCAACAAUCUCAACAGAGGCCUGAAGGACCGGGCAAGUGUGACAAACACCAGGAGAAUAAGAAGUUGUUCUGUAUGUAUGAUCAAAGCCUACUCUGUGCAUCCUGUUCACAAUCCCAGAAACAUGAGGAUCACACCAUCCAACCCAUAGAAGAGGCUGCUAAGCUCUAUAGGAAAAAGCUACAGGAGAAUCUGAAAGCUGUGAAUGGAAAUUUACAAGAUAUUCAGAAGAUAAUGCUUGAGGAGAAGAAGAUACCUCGGACGUGGGCUGUUGUGUGGACAGAACAAGUGGAAAUGUCGAGAGAAACAUUUGAGGAAAAAUUUCAAGAAAUAAGUGACUUCCUGAGUGACGAAGAAGAGGAGGUCCACAGUCUUGUGGAACUGGAUGAGGAAGAGAAUAAAAUGUUCCAGUGGCUGAAGGAACAGGAGGCCGAGCAGGAAAUCUGCAACAGAGAGAAGAAGAGGAUGAGCCACCUUCAGCUGUCCCAGCACAGGAACGACCUGAGGGAAAUGGCCACAACAUUGAAAGAGAAGUCUCAGAUGCCAGACACAGCCCUUCUGCAGGAUGCAGAAGACACACUGAAUGAGAGUGAGUCACUGCUACUUCAAACGCCAAAACCUUUCACACCAAAACUGAGCAGUUCUUAUUGCAUGGUUUUAAGAGAAUUUCUGAGGAAAUUUCAAGAAUCUCGACUGUUGCAAUGUCGCUAUCCAUACGAAUUACCUGAUGAUGACAGAAAGAGGACUUUUACGUUUGCAGAUAUUUCCUCAGGUCGGAUGUAUGCUAUUUAUACCUCUGGAAGUCUCCACUACAUGAAUGGGAGGGACUUGUCUAUUACACAAUUGAACAUGGAUGGCUAUCCUGAAGAGGAGGAAGACUAUCCCAUCUCUACCUGUUACUGUUUGCCGAUUGAAAGGGAGUACUCACAUAGUGACUUCUCUCCUUCCCCCUCAAUGGAAUGGCAUUAG